GAGGUGGAGUUAAAAUCGUGUCUUAAAUUUUUUCUCCGCCAUAUUAUUUCUUUUUCACGAGUAUAAUGUUGAGCAUUGAGGGGAAGAUGGCGGCAACAGGGUCUUCUGGUCUUUCAGUGUCCUCUCAACAACAAGGCGGUGGUGGAGGUCGUUAUUAUGGAAAUGAAGGGCGAGCAGCAAAACGCCAAAAGACCGAAUCUAACGAUCAUGGAGGAAAUUCAGAUGGUUAUGAUGAUCCUCACAAGACUCCUCCAUCUCAAGUUGUCCAUGUGCGAGGGUUGGUUGACGGAGUCAUGGAAGCAGAUUUAGUUGAAGCCCUUCAAGAAUUUGGCCCGAUCAGCUAUGUAGUUGUGAUGCCUAAAAAGCGUCAGGCUCUUGUUGAAUUUGAAGACAUGCAUGGAGCAUGUGCUGCUGUGAACUAUGCUGCAGAUAAUCAAGUUUAUAUCGCAGGACAUCCAGCAUUUGUAAACUACUCAACCAGCCAGAAAAUUUCUCGUCCUGGGGAGUCUGAUGACUCGAGAAGUGUGAAUAAUGUGUUACUUUUCACCAUCUUAAAUCCUAUCUAUUCAAUUACAACGGAUGUUCUCUAUACUAUCUGUAAUCCUUGUGGUCCUGUUCAGAGGAUUGUCAUUUUCAGAAAAAAUGGUGUCCAGGCUAUGGUUGAAUUCGACUCUGUGCAGAGUGCUCAGAGGGCAAAGGCAUCAUUGAAUGGAGCAGAUAUUUACUCUGGAUGUUGCACUUUGAAAAUAGAGUAUGCAAAGCCCACACGUCUUAAUGUGUUCAAAAAUGAUCAGGAUACGUGGGAUUAUACAAAUCCUAACCCCGGUGGGCAAACCGACUCUACAAGCAAUCCAAACAAGCGACAGAGGCAGCCUGCCUUGCUUGGCGACCAUCCACCAGAUUAUGCCCCACAAGGUGGAUAUCAUGGCUACCAUGAAGAUUCGUAUGGACCACCACCUCCACCUUAUGAAGGAAGACGAAUGGGACCGCCACCUCCUCCACCUGGGGCUAGCCGCAGAGGCCCAUCACGCUAUGGUCCUGGACAGUAUGGACCACCACCACCGCCGCCACCACCUGAAUAUGGCAUGGGUUCUGAAAGUUCUGUUCUAAUGGUAUAUGGGUUGGAUCCAAAGAUAAACUGUGAUAGAGUUUUCAACCUGUUUUGCCUUUAUGGGAAUGUCGAAAAGGUGAAGUUUAUGAAGAGCAAACCUGGAGCAGCUAUGGUUGAAAUGGCCAACGGUUAUGCAGUUGAUCAUGCCAUCACCCAUUUGAACAACAACUACAUGUUUGGACAGAAGCUUAAUGUUUGUGUUUCUAAACAGCAAGCAAUUAUGCCUGGUCAAUCAUAUGCACUGGAAGAUGGAUCAUCCAGCUUCAAAGAUUUUGGUGGAUCACGGAACAACAGGUUUUCAACUGCGGAACAAGCAUCAAAGAAUAGAAUUCAGCACCCCAGCAAUGUGCUACACUUCUUCAAUGCACCUUCACAAGUCGCAGAAGAGAACUUUCAUGAGAUUUGUGAAGAGCUGGGUGCUAAGAAGCCAACUUCCAUUAAAAUCUUUGCUGGAAAAAGUGAAAGAAGCUCUUCUGGUUUACUUGAGUGGGAGUCGAAGAGUGAUGCUAUGGAGGCUUUGGCACUAUUGAACCACUACCAGAUGAAAAAUCCAAAUGGACCCUAUCCGUAUACUUUGAAGCUCUGCUUUUCCACUGCCCAACAUGCAGCAUAAGACACAAAGUUUAUCUGAUUCUGGAUUCCACAAUGUUUUGUGAAUUGUUUUAAUUUUUGUACAUGAAUUUAGGUAGUCAUGUGAAUGUGCCAAGUAGUAAGCACAUUUGAAGUAUUUGGUAGUUGUCAUUUGUACAGUGAAUUUUUGUUAAUGCUGCAUAUAACGGCACUACAUUUCAUUAAACUUGUUUUUUUUUUAAAGUG